CCUAGUCAGAAGAAACAAUGGCGGAUGUUGAAGCUUCAAAAUCUCUGAGCGGACUGUUGAAUGGAAUAGCUCAAAACGUUUAUUACAACAACAGUGAGAUCACAGAGGAGCUGCUGAAGAAUGAACUAUUCCCCGAGAUGGUGCAGGAGGAGUUCAAGGCGUUACACGAGAAAAUGAAAGCCCUCCUUAAGUCAAUUGCAACCGCCGACAUGGACCACGCCCAGCUAGAGGCCUUUCUCACAGCGCAGACUAAGAGGCAGGGUGGUGGCGGGGUGACUGCUGAACAGGCUGCAGCCCUCUCUCGCUUCUGGAAAAGUCAGCGUGUCCGGGUGAGGGAGAGUUUGGUGGCUCAGAGCCGCUGGGAGCCCGGCCUCAGGGGCCUCUCUUGGAGGGUGGACCUCCAGACUGCAGCCAGUCGGGGGGACGCACUGCACAGCGGGCCGGUUGCUCUGAUGGAGCUGGAGCUGGGCAGAGCCGGAGAGGACUCAGAGUUUGUGUGUCUGGAGUUCGACGAGGCCAAAGUGAACCAGGUACUGAAGAAGAUGGCCAACAUCCAGAAGAGCAUAGACAGCGUGGUUCAGCGCUCAUAAAAAACGGAGUGACAUUUUAUCCCAGUCAGCAGAGAGACAGUGAGGUGUGAUUCUGACUGAGAGACAACUCAGGUAUUACCUGCAACAUGAGGGGUGUUUCCUCCUGAUUCCUGUUUGUCCUGUUUAACAGCCUUGUUCAGAAGUGGGACAUGUUCAGAUCUGUAUCACUCCAGAACUGAUCCAACAGACUCAGACUGAAGAUAUAGUUUAUAUUUCAACAUGUUCCAGAUGUUCUAGAAGGUCUGGGCUGCUCCUCAGAUGUUAUAUCUGGGGAUCCUUUACAGUCUCUCUCUGAUAGGAUUAAUGUUCCUCUCUGUCCACAGCAGCAAAAAUACAUUACUGGUGUUGUAGGAGAGCAUGGGUGCGGCAAAGUCACAACGAUUGGAAAUGAAGUUGGAGAUGGGAUUUUUGAAUCAAAACAAAACACAAACAGUCUUAUGUUUCAUUGUAAACCAGCGAGGAUGGUACAACUCUUAACUUUUUACCAUCAGACUAAAAAUAAAUUCAAUUAUUGGGGGGUGUAUAUAAUGCAAAGGAUUCAGGGAAUUUAAGAAUUACAAUUAAUUGAACUGUGUUAUUUUUCUGUAUAAAUCGAAAAGUUGUUUUGAUCUAUAAAACGUCAAAAAGGUCAUAUCUUCUUUUGUCAGUAGGAACUCCAAAAAUAUUGAGUUUAAUUAGAUAUAAAAUCAAGAAAAGAUUAUACGUCUUUCAUUGUUCACUUUUGAAUAAAAAUGACUUCCAUUUUUAACCAAUGAAGAAAUAGUUGGUAUUUUUUGCAUGAGUAAGCUAACUGCAGCUAAUGUAAUUGUACCCCACAAUAUAUCUGUAACAUACGAAAACAAAAAGGUGAACUGAUUAAGGCAGAGCUAGACAAAUAACUCCCAUCUACUUUAAAGUAAAAUCAGCUCUGUAGAGACCCUCUCUUUAAUGCCGUCAGAGCCUCUCAGUGAAAAAUCAUUCAUUUGAACAAUACUGCCAGCGUUGUGGCCUUUAGAUUAAAACUUGACUAGCGCACAAUUCAGUGAAUGAAUAUUAAUUUAAGAAAACGUUGUUGGUUUGGGUCUGUGUUCAGAGAGGAGGCUACAUUCAUUCAGAGCUGGACAAGAUGAUGAGCUUCCUGGUUCAGGUGACAAAUCUUCCUCUGGUGAUGCAGGAUUACAACCCAUCACAAGCGUAUGCCUGCACAUGAUUGUGAUCUCAUGUAUUGUAUACAGCAUUCCUUUACAAACAAAUCUGUGCCAAUUAAGAUCUAAAGCAAUGGUGAGAUUGAGGCAAACUGCAAAAUUUAGAGGUUUGCCUUGAUUUUUUUUUAUCCCAAAUUGUAUUUUUCAUGAUUCUCUGUUUUUAUUAAAUACUGUAAAAAAGUUAAUACAACCAUAAAUGCAACAAUAACUAAAUGUCUGGAAACCCCCUCAUGUAUAAACAGGAUUAUUCAGACCUUUGAGAGAAUAAAUGAAGGGUUUGGGCAUCUUUCUGUCUGUUCUGAAGUUUAACUGAGUUUAAACAACUGUGAGGUGGACAAAAUCACUGCACAAUGUACGUAAAUAUCUCUUUGUCUUUGUCAUGAAUCAACCUUAUGACAUCAAUAGACUUUGAUCGCAUGUCACAACAUCAUUUCUGAUCACGGUUUAAGUCCGCCUGAGACAUCAGUUAACAAUUAUCAGGCGUGUUGAGGCCCAGCCGGGGUGGGGACGUUAUCAUACACCUGGGAUAAAACCGUCUCCACAUAGGAACAAGUAGCACUGAGUUAAUCUUUGUCUUGAUUGUAAACUAAGCCCACAAUUUGUUUGGCUGCUAGAAUAACUAUUAUUAUUAAGAUAACUGAAGCAUGACAACGAGCUUUAGUGUUGAAUUCUGAUUUAUUCUCAAAGUCCAUGUGUCUGACAAAAUCAUCAAUAAAACACUGAAAACUCAAAAGCCAAACAAUAACACCAACAAGCUAAAAGAUUGAAGGUCAAGUAGAACAGCAAUCCCCAUGUUUUUUUUUUUUUAAGUUUGAACUACUUUCACAGUAAUAAAUGAACUUGCAAAAGACAGGA